UUCUACCGUAGUUUCUUGAGAGACAAUUGCGCUGUACCGAUCGACAAACCCGGUGACACGGUCCUCCAUCUUCUGGCCAUCAAUGGCAAUGUGGCCGCCAUGGAAAGCCUACUGCAGGCAGACCUCCUGCUCGACGAAAUGCUCGUGAGAAAGGAUGUCAACGGCAACACUGCGCUGCACGAAGCUGCGAGGUUUGGACAUGAGGGUGUGGCGCAGAUCAUGGUCAAAAAGAAGCCGAGUUUAGCUUUCGAGAGGAAUAAUUUGAACGAGACGCCUCUUUACCUUUCCGCUGCGUAUGGUAAGAAGGAAGUUUUCGAGCUUCUGGAAAGUUAUAGCGAUUGCAGAGCAAGGAGGUACGAUGGCUGCACCGUUCUUCAUGCUGCGAUUGAAGGAGAACGUUACAGUUUGGUUGUGAGCAUAUUGGACUCAUACCCUGAUCUUGCUCAAAAACAUGAUGAGAAGGGUAUUACUCCUUUCAAUUUGUUGGCCUCAAAACCAUCUUCUUUUAGAAGAAGAUCGGCAUAUGUGUUGAAUGAUCUAAGCAGGACACCUGUCAUCACCUGGCAGGUAGUUGAAGCAGUAAUCUGCAAUUGUAUUCCAACAAUGUAUGUCGAGGCAGCUUUGGAGCCACAAGCUGCCAGUAAUGUAGAGGACCCAAAUGAUAAUAGACUUGGAAUUUCCAAACUAGAAAGGUCAUCUUUCAUCAGAAGAAUCUUAGGUUGCUGGUAUUUCAAAAAAAUUGAUGAUGCCAAGCAAAAGCAUGAACUUGCCGUAGUGCUGGCAAAGAGAUUGAUCGGGAAAGAAGAUUGGAGUCAAUACAUUUACUAUGAAAGUAUUGAUCCUGAAGACAGCUUAUUUGGGAUAUCUUCAAGGAAGACAAAUACAGUGCCUGACCCGCUAAUACAGGCAACAGGGUUCGGCAUUCUCAAGCUGGUAAUGGUGAUCCUCCAAAAAUAUCCCGAGGUCGCAGGUUCCUUUGAUGAGAAUGGAAGGAACAUACUACAUAUAACAAUGGAGCAGAAGCAUAGGUUUAUGUAUGACUACUUGAUGAACUUUGGUGCAUAUAAGGAUAGGAUGCUAGCAAAUAUUGAUAACCAAUGGAACACCAUCUUGCACCUUGCAACAUGUGUGGCGUAUCCGGCUAGCUCUCCUUCUGGAUUCACAGAUUCUGGUGAUCGAUGGAGUGCCAAUUUUCAUGUUCGGGCAAAGCGGGGAAGUGUUGGAGUGGUGAACCAGAUGAGUUGGGAUGUGCUUUGGUUUAAGGUAUUGAAGGCAAUUUUAGACUUUAUAGCAUGUGGAUGUGGGGGGGGGGGGGGGGGGGGGUGGAGUUUGGUCCCCCUACUGUCAAUGUGGACUUGCCACUGCCCAUGGCCCGCUGGUCCAAUGGUUGCAGGCCAAAUCUCAACCUUACUCUUAGCACAAUUGUAA